AGGCAACGCGUAACGUGCGGCCACAAUCAGUUGCUCGACCAGCGUUCACUCAAACAACACUUCACCGUCAGUCCCUUGAUUUUCUCCCGUUCCGAUUUUUCACGUGUUGACCAUUUCGUUCGCUUUUUCAAACGUCGAAAAAACAAAAAUGUCCCGCUGGAGUUGCCGCUGCCCUUUCCUCUUGCUGAUUGUCGCCUCGUUCAUUUUAGUGAAUCAGCCGCAACCGACCGACGCGGCCGCCAUUCCAAUUUGGGAGCUGCUCAAACACGAAGAAAAGAUGGGCCGGUUAUUUUACGUUUUCGUUCACCUAGUGGAACAGUACUGCAAGACUUCUGACAUCCCCGAUUGCCCCAAGGUUUUGACGCUGUACGGCAUGUCGAAUCUGGUCAGCGAAAGCGAACACUCGCUCGACUUGAUGGAUCCUUACCAACGCGACGCCAAAACCAUCGUGUGGGAGAAGAUUAUGCGCGGCGAAUUCAAAUUGCCAACGAAAUUGACCAAUGGGAAACCCGUCAAGACUCCGCCGAAAUCGUCCGCUGCUCUCGGCAACGACGUCUACUCGUCACCGUACGAAGUCCGCGUCCGCCCGCCUCCGACGUUCGUCGCUCCGCCGGCUACUCCAUCCGCUGACAGCAGCCAGCAGUCGGAGCCAAACGAACCUUCGUCUUUUGUUAUUAUUUCAUCGCACAACCGAAACACUGAAAAUCGAAUCUAACAAACCCAUCAAGACAUCUCACCCAUAAUUGCGACUUUGAACCAACGAGCCGGAAUCGGUUGUAAAGCCGCAAGUGUUUGGAAAUUAUUGGUGUGCCUUUCUAGUGUCCUUCUCCUUCCCUGUACCAGCAAGAAAACGCCAACGUCAUCAACUUCAAUCCUGCAGACUUACAAAUUCAACUUUAAUCAUUAACUCGGAAAGUGUUGUAGCUUCAAAGUUGAAUGCGGUCAACUUUUCGACGGCUAUAGUACCGACAGUUUGCUGGACAAUACCGUCGAUCUGGAAUGAUAGUAAAAACGGCCUCUUCUUAUUCUCAACUGGUUCAAUCGUUUCCCCCUGGCAAAUGGGUCUGUUUUUAAUGUUGCAUUGGCGUCUUUCGAAAUGUUUUCCAGUACCUGAUGAAAUAAUAAUGUAUAGACAAUCCACCGUUCAGUGUCCUUUGUUUAAUUGCUGAAGGGCCUUUGAAUGUCUGGUGAUGCUGAGAUUUUCGACCUAGAAACCUAAAUUUCAUUUGUAUAAAUUCAUUUGUGGAUUCCAUCCUGUUCUUUGUUUUCCGUGUUCUUUCAAAUAUUUGUAAAGCAUUUAUUGUUCGUUGUGUCGAGAUAACCAAAAAAUAAAGUUUGUU